CAUUAUAAGUAUGUAACGACUGCUGAAUUGCCGCUCGAGCGUAACGAAAACGAUUCAGCGGCCAUUGAUAGAUGACUGUGAUCUUCCGGCGAUGCCGUUGUUCGGCGGAUCGGCAUCUUCAUUCUCUUCGCCUUCCUCGUUUCGCAUCCACCGCUUCACUCCUUCACUCUCCGAUCUCUCUGCUUUCUUCCAAAUUUCGUGAACAAAACUCAACGCUUCGCUUCGAUAGAGAGCCGCUGAUUUCUCUCAUAAAGUCAUGCACCCACAAAUCACAAUUGCUGCAAAUCCAUGCCCACAUGAUCCGCACUUCUUUCAUUCAAGACCCCAUUGUUUCCCUCCGCUUCUUGACUCGCAUCGUUUCCGCGCCUUUUCGCGAAUUGGGCUAUUCGCGAAGAUUCUUCUCUCAGCUGACGAACCCAUUUGUUUCUCAUUACAAUACGCUGUUGAGAGCCUACUCGUUGAGCCGUUCACCUCUGGAGGGAUUGUACAUGUACAGAGAUAUGGAGAGGCAAGGUGUUCAUGCUGAUCCUUUGUCUUCUUCCUUUGCCGUUAAGUCGUGUAUAAGAAUGCUUUCAUUAUUUAGUGGGAUUCAGAUUCACGCAAGGAUCUUUAGAAAUGGGCAUCAAUCGGAUAGUCUUUUGCUCACCUCCAUGAUGGAUUUGUAUUCUCAUUGUGGCAAACUUGAGGAUGCAUGCAAACUGUUCGAUGAAAUUCCUCAAAGAGAUGUUGUUGCUUGGAACGUUUUGAUUUCGUGUCUAACUCGAAAUAAACGAACAAGGGAUGCUUUGGGUUUGUUUGAGAUCAUGCAGAGUCCAACGUAUCUCUGCAAACCUGAUAAAGUUACCUGUUUACUUCUUCUCCAAGCCUGUGCAGACUUGAAUGCAUUGGAAUUCGGCGAAAGGAUUCAUAGUUAUAUUCAACAGAACGAUUAUAAUACAGAGAGUAAUUUGUGCAAUUCGCUGAUAUCCAUGUAUUCGCGGUGUGGACGUGUGGAUAAGGCUUAUGAAGUGUUUGAUAAAAUGCCUGAGAAAAAUGUUGUUUCAUGGAGUGCGAUGAUUUCCGGGUUAUCAAUGAAUGGACACGGAAGAGAAGCUAUUGAAGCGUUUUGGGCAAUGCAAAAGAAGGGUGUUGAGCCUGAUGAUCAUACUUUCACUGCAGUUCUUUCUGCUUGUAGCCAUUGUGGCCUGGUUGAUGAAGGAAUGGCGUUUUUUGAUCGUAUGAGACAAGAGUUCAUGAUAGUUCCCACCGUCCAUCACUAUGGAUGUAUGGUUGAUCUCUUGGGUCGUGCUGGAAUGCUCGACCAAGCCUAUCAGCUCGUAAUGUCAAUGGAGGUGAAUCCAGAUGCGACAAUGUGGAGGACCCUUCUUGGAGCUUGCAGAAUUCACGGUCAUGCGAACCUUGGGGAGCGCAUAAUUGAGCAUUUGAUUGAACUCAAAUCUCAAGAAGCAGGUGAUUAUGUGCUGCUGCUGAACAUUUAUUCUUCAGCUGGGAACUGGGACAAGGUAACUGAAUUGAGGAAAUUCAUGAAGGAAAGGGGUAUCUAUACUACACCCGGCUGCACCACAAUAGAACUGAAUGGGGUGGUGCAUGAGUUUGCUGUGGAUGAUAUUUCGCAUCCGAUGAAGGACAAGAUCUACAAGCAGCUGGAUGAGAUCAACCAGCAGCUAAAGAUUGCAGGUUAUGAAGCUGAAAUAUCAUCUGAAUUACACAACUUGAAGGCAGAAGAUAAGGGGUAUGCGCUUUCUUACCAUAGUGAGAAAUUGGCCAUAGCCUUUGGGGUUCUUGCAACCCCGCCAGGAAGAACCAUCAGAGUGGCAAACAAUCUUCGUACUUGCAUGGAUUGUCAUAACUUUGCUAAGUAUGUCUCAAGUGUUUAUAACAGAAAAGUGGUUGUUAGGGACCGAAGUCGGUUCCAUCAUUUCCGAGAGGGUCGGUGUUCCUGCAAUGAUUAUUGGUAGCAACACCGUCCAUUCUCAGAUUCUCAGAAUAUAGACUGACCCACAAGGAAAAAUUCCCCAGAGCAUGCAGCUUGUUCUAAUGGCCACAGGCUCGUUCUGAAGAUGGGAGAGUUGUUGUCACAGGCGGGAGGAUGAUAUUACAACAGAAACUGGAUGACAGUUGCCUGUUGGAUGGAAAGUUGGUGUCCGACUAAGCUCUUUUGAUCAUCUGGAUUUUGUCUGUUGAAUCGAAAGUUGGAAAAAAUAGCUUGAGUUGCUUCUACAGAUGAGUUUCGGGUUGGAAUUGAAAAUGAGUAACGACUGAAUCUCUUUUAAGUUAUUAGACAAUGAAUCUAAUUACAAAUUUCCUUC